AUGUCGGAUUGGUGCAAAGUGCAGACCAAAGGACAGGAUGACUUUUGUCAGUUCAUCCAGAAGCAACUGCGCCUUCUCCUCCUCUUCGAACAUGAGAACGAUGUCGUCUGCAUAUUCCAGAUCGACAAGGCCUUCUUCACAGGCUAUUUGAACACCAUGGUUUCCGAGACUUUCCAGCGUUCGUCUCAUUAUUUCAUUGAUCCCGAAGUUAAAAAGGAACGGAGAGAGUGGGCAUCCCUGACGGACACCGCUUUGUGUACGGAAGCUUUCGGAGAGCUCUUCUCUGAGAAUACAAAGAACGUAGUAUGUUUACAAACUUCCGGGGCAUUCCUUGGUGGGCAAGCCUUUCAAGAAGAACAGUUCAGAACUGUUGACGAAAUACAUCCAUUUGGUGCUCAAAUGGGACAUAUGACCCAGGAUGACGGUCACUUUGUUCCUGAUCUGCGAGUCUUUACUGUGCUAGCGCACACUGCGCCUUGA